UCGUGAGCACGCGUUCUCGCCACGACUUCGGUGCGCGUCGUGCGUCUUCGGCUUGCGGUCUCGACGAGUCACAGCCCGUUUAUUUUUCCGAGUCCCCCGCCCGGCGUCUUCGUCCGCGCCCAACAAGUGGUGGAGACGCUCGCUCGCACUCGCGGCUCACACGGCGUCUCGCGUCCAUACUUCGCACAACUUUCUGGAGCGCUCCGCGCGUAUUUUGCCGCUUCGCCGCGAGUUUGAAAUUGGAUCGCGUGCUUAAAACUUUUAUCCAAGUGUAUAAAGACUACAGUGACGUGACAGCAGACUUUAGUGGCGUGUCGAGUGGUGUUCUGAGGGUAGACUGGAGUCGAUGCACCUCCCGCACGCAAGUCCUACUGCCCCCACCAUGGCGGACGUUUAUUCUCAUAUCUAUGAGUACUACCGGCAAAGUCAUGGGGAGUUGGUGCAAACUGGAUCACCAGCUGUGCUUUGUUCAGCGCUACCAGGACAUUGGCGAUCGAACAAGUCGCUUCCAGUGGCGUUCAAAGUAGUUGCUUUGGACGACGUACAGGAUGGAACUCUAGUGACGAUCAAAGCUGGCAAUGACGAAAAUGUGAUGGCAGAGCUCAGGAACUGCACAGCGGUGAUGAAGAAUCAGGUGGCGAAGUUCAACGACUUGCGGUUCGUGGGGCGCAGCGGGCGCGGCAAGUCGUUCUCGCUGACCAUCACCAUUAGCACCUUUCCCAGCCAAGUCGCCAGUUACAUCAAAGCCAUCAAAGUUACUGUCGAUGGACCUAGAGAACCUAGAACUAAACAAACCUUCGGCUACGGCCACCCGGGCGCAUUCAGUCCGUUCUUACUCAACCCCGGCUGGCUGGACGCAGCCUACCUCAACUACGCUUGGGCUGAUUAUUUCAGGCCACCGCAGGGAGCUACUCUGAUGAAAGGUGGAGCAGUGCCCAUGACAUCCCCUCCAGUUGGAUUGCCAGGAUCUGAACUAUUCCCGUUCCCACCGGCAAUAACAAAUCUGCCACCUAACGGUUUGAUCCCACCACCAGGCACUUUCCUGCCGCCGAAUGGACUUUUGUCAUUUCCACCGCAUCCUGCUGAAUUGGCGUUGAAAUCAUUACCACCAGAAUUAUCCUUGAAGAACGGUAUAUCGCCAUAUGAUGCUUUGAGACAUUUACAAAGCAAUGUGUCGUCAAUGGAUACGUCAAGUGCGCGUUUAUCUCCGACGAGCAGCAGGCAAAGCGGCAGUCCGAGAAGUAUAAUCAACGGUAGUCCCGAAAGAUCGAAGGCUGAUUCCAAAUCUGAAGCGAAUUCAACCCACGAAGUGACAAACUCCGAUGAAUCAGACGAGGAGCCUAUUGAAGUGGUUAAGUCUGCGUUCCAUCCGACACGACCAGCAAAUGUAGAGCUACAAGAAAUGAAGCGAGUGCAGGCAGCAGACUCGACUGUGGCCGAUCGGCCUAGGCAUCGCAACGAACUAAAAGCACCCUCACAACGAACCACUCGUGUUCUGUCAACAAGCCCUACUUCAACGAAAAUCACACACGGAGCGAUACCAACGCAAAAAUCCGUAUGGCGACCGUACUGACUUUAUAAGUGAGAAAAUAGUGAAUAAUUGGAAACCUGUCUUCGCUGACGAAGACGUUAAAAUGUGAUAAACCAAUGAGCUUGUAAAUAUUAUAGGUAUUAUAAAAUACAUUGAUUUAUGAAAGAUAUUUAUUGUUAGAAUUAUAUGUAGAAAUUUAGGAUCCAGAUGAAGUAAUGUCUUGUCAAAUUGUAAAUGUUAAUAAUUGCUAUUAAUAAAUAGAUUA